AGUAGAGACGGGGUUUCACCAUGUUGACCAGGAUGGUCUCGAUCUCCUGACCUCGUGAUCCAGCCGCCUCGGCCUCCCAAAGUGCUGGGAUUACAGGCUUGAGCCACCGUGCCCGGCCUUUUUUUUUUUUUUGAGAGGGAGUUCUCACUCUGUUGCCUAGGUUGGAUUGUAGUAGUAGUGCCAUCUCGGCUCACUGCAACCUCUGCCUCUUGGGUUCAAGCGAUUCUAGUGCCUCAGCUUCCCAAGUAGCUGGGAUUACAGACGUGCACCACUACACCCAACUAAUUUUUGUUUUUGUAGUAGAGACGGGGUUUCACCGUGUUGGCCAGGCUGGUCUCAAACUCGAGACCUCAGUUGAUCUGCCCACCUCGGCCUCCCAAAAUGCUGGGAUUACAGGUGUGAGCCACCGCACCCGGCCAGCUUUUGAUGUCUUUAAAGAAAAGAAAAACAGCUUUAUUGAGAUAUGAUUGGCAAACUUAAUGUAUACAACUUGGCUGGGUGCAGUGGCUCACAUCUGUAAUCCCAGCACUUUGGGAGGCUGAGGAAGGAGGAUCAUUUGAGCCCAGGAGUUUAAGACCCACCUGGGCAACAUGGUGAGACCCCAUCUCUACAAAAACUUAUUUAAAAAGUAGCCAGCCAUGGUGGUACAUGCCUGUAGUCCCAGCUACUUGGGAGGCUGAGGCUGGAGGAUUACUUGAGCGCAGGAGUUCGAGGUUGCAGUGAGCUAUGAUUGCACUACUGCACUUCAGCCUGGGUCACAGACAGAGCAAGACUGUGUCUCCACAAUAAAUAAAUAAAUAAAUAAAUAAAUAAAUAAAUAAAAUAUACACACACAACUUGAUGUUUCUUGGGCAUCUUAUUGUUUGCCUCUUUAUCUCUUUCUAUUAGUCUGUAUUGUUUUGGAAGAAAAAAAUGUUUUUCAUAAAUCUGAUUCUUUUAAUGUAUCCUGGUUGGCUUUGGUCACUGUUAAAAGAAAUAGAGAUGUAUAUUCUUCGUCUUUCCAUUUGUUGGUUCUUAAAUAAUGUCGUACACUCAGGCCUACUGGGCAUGUACCAAUACUGUAUUCGCCUUGAGCACUCUACCGUGUUACAUGGGUAAACUUCUUUGGUCUAUCUUUUUUGUAGUGAUAUUCCACAAUAAGCUCCUUUAGGGAAAUGUGUUGACUAUGUUGUUUGCCAACAAUAUUUUAUUGCUUCAAUAUAUACAGUACACUGAAUAUCUUUGCUGUGCGUAAAAUAAUCCUGAAACGUUUUCCUUCACCGAAUGAGCUAAGAAGUGUGCAGUACUUACUAGUGGCCAGGUUUGGACCCUGCAGGACCAGAUAGUAAACAGGCAACCACUUUCCUUCUCUCACAGUUGUGUAGCUAAUCUGAUUGAGAAAGAGAGCAGAUCUCUGCUCAGAAAGCUCAUAACUGAAGCUUUAUAUUAACCAUGAUUGUUCUAGUUUCAACGAUUUGAGGCCAUUUCCCAGGUUCAGAAAAAUCAUGAUCGGUAUUUGUCAAGUAUUAGCCAUUGUGAAGUGGAGUGAUGAGGAGUAGGGACAAUAAAUAUAUUCAUCUCCAAUUUUGUAUAACUGAAAAGUGUAAAAAUGAAGCAAGAGAUGCCUUUUGAGUGAAUUUAAUACAGCUGCUUUUGUUGUUAAUAAUAAAACAUCUUACUGAAACCAAAACCUGCUCAAAGUUUUCAUUAAGCGCCCUUUUGGAGUUGUGUCUUAAUUGACUGCCAGAAGUUGAAAAAAAAAAAAACCAAUGAGGAAACCCUGUACCCUUCUUAAAAGUAGCAGCAAGUUUUUCUUCCGUAUCCACUUUCGAUACAGCAUGAAGGUCAGCGAGAUGUUACUGCUAUACAAAACAGUUACAUCCAUGUAAUAUUAUUUUCCAUAUUUCUGUUUUCUUAGUAUUGUUCCCACGCAUCCUUCCCUAAAUUUUCCUUUUACAAGUCGUGGUGGGCCGGGCAUACAUGUCCACUAGUCUGCCAGUUUUAGAAAUGGUUUAUCUGACUUUGAUUUGUUUUGAUUGCAUCAGGCAUAUUGCUGAACAGUAAGAAAAGGGUUAAAGAAAAUAGCUCUAAUGAAUAAAAGAUGGGAUUUCUUCUAUAUGCAUUUUUGUUAGCCUUGAUUGCACCGAAAUUCUAUUUUGAUUCUUUCAUUCAAUAGCAAUAAUAAUGUUUUUAUGACUAUCACAGCUUGAAACAUACACACACUCUCUCUCUCUCUUUCUCUCGCUCUCUCUCAAUCUCCCUCCCUCUCUCUCUCUCCUCAAGCUGCCAGUCUGUCUUAAGGCAGUGGCAGAUGCCUGAUUGGCGGGCUCUGUUUAUUCUGUGACCAGAUUCCUUCUAAAAGAAGGAAGGCCAAGUCUGCCUGAAGCCUAUUGGCCGGGCCUACUCUGGACCCGCCCCUCUUUUUUUCGUGGCACACAGCAAAGCGAAGUCUGUGCGGAAUCCUAAACCAGCCCAAUUUACAUCCAUUCAUGAAUCUGUGACGUCAGCAAGCCUUGGGGCUCCUUUGCGGUGGGCUGGAGGAUUGUGUGGGUGGAAUCCCCCUCCCCUUUAUUUUUCUAAUUCAGCAGGGCUUUUAAAAUUAACCUUACGUCUUUUCAAAGCAAGAAAAUGGAACAGCGUGUGUAGGAAUUCUUCGUUGUUGGUCUGGUGUAUUCUGGUGAAAGUUGUGAGAGUGAAGAGGGAUGUGACAUUGUGACAAGUUCUGCCCUGGGGCAGCUCCUCAACCCGAAUAAUCUGACAGCAUUUCCCAGCUGCUUCCCUUUGAGCAACUCAUAAUGCCAGUCUGCAGCACAUACCCAGCAGUUCUUUCUGUAUUGCCAUGAAUUGCUCUUGGUGCAGUCCAGCAUGAAUUUAAAAUCUUCUGUAGCACUGCUUUGGAUUGGGCAAAGAGUAAGGUAAGUUAGAUGUUGGGGGUUAUAUAGGGUUAAGUGUUGGCACAGCAGGUGCAGUGGAAGAUAAGAAGGUGGGGGUAAAUGAGGAUUAUCACUUAAUAGAUAACCAUGGAGUCCAGACUGGCUAUACCCUCCCUAGAGGCAGCCCCCAGAAAAAGCUCUAAGAGGGUGGAGGGCCAAUAUACUGGGCAUGAGAGAAUGAUUGAAAGGAAUGAUGGAAAAAAAGAUGAACCAAGUAGAAUUAGCAAGUGUAAAGGUGUUGUUAUCAUUUUAAUAUUCAUUUAAUCAACAAAUACUGUUUGCACAUUUACUAUGUGUUCUAAGUGUUAGGUACACAGCAGUGAAUAAAACAGACGUAAAUUGUUGCCCUCUUGGAACUCUAAUGAAGGGAGAUGAACAGUAAAUAAGUAAAUUAUGUUUAGACAGUGGUGCAUGUUAAGGAGAAAAACAAAGGUGGGAGGGGACUAGAGGAUGCAGGGAGUGGGGUAAAUUUAAAAUACGACUUUCUCAUUGUAUUGUUUAUGUGUGGAUAUCGAUUCCUCAAAGAGAUGGUAAACCAUCAGAGAAAAGCGUCAGUGGUUGACCUCGUCAGGCACCCUGGAGAUGUAAGGAGAGUUUCUUCUAAGUCCUAAAAGUCAACGUGAAUUUUCAGCAGUAACUUUAUUGUAGGUACCUCCUUUUUACUUCCCUGGGCAGCAGAGGCAGUACAUUGUGGAUGAGGAAUGGACCUUCUUAGGAAAGGCCUUUUGGACAUCAGUGUACGAGAGUAUGUUCUCCGUGUUAAACAUAAUAAAAGUUGCUCUAAAUGACAAUAUGAACAUCCAAGAGUAAUUCAGGAUUACAGACCUCUAGUAAAGAUGAGACUGUCUAGUUGCAGGAAAACAAGCUCAGAGCUCCUAUUGAUUCUACAUUAUGGUUUUCGAGCCCUCUCUUAAGUCAGAAGUCUGCCCUAAUAAUCUUCUGAGUGUCAUCUCAGGACCUCGGUUACACUCAUGGCACAAUGGCCAACUUUCAGGAGCACCUGAGCUGCUCCUCUUCUCCACACUUACCCUUCAGUGAAAGCAAAACCUUCAAUGGACUACAAGAUGAACUCACAGCCAUGGGGAACCACCCUUCUCCCAAGCUCGAGGACCAGCAGGAAAAGGGGAUGGCACGAACAGAGCUAGUCGAGAGCAUGAACAGCCCCAUCACCACAACAGUGUUGACAAGCGUAAGUGAGGAUUCCAGGGACCAGUUUGAGAACAGCGUUCUUCAGCUAAGGGAACACGAUGAAUCAGAGAUGGUGGUGUCUCAGGGGAACAGCAACACAGUGGACGGAGAGAGCACAAGCGGAACUGAAGACAUCAAGAUUCAGUUCAGCAGGUCAGGCAGUGGCAGCGGUGGGUUUCUUGAAGGACUCUUUGGAUGUUUAAGGCCUGUAUGGAAUAUCAUUGGGAAAGCAUAUUCCACUGACUACAAAUUGCAGCAGCAAGAUACUUGGGAAGUGCCAUUUGAGGAGAUCUCAGAGCUACAGUGGCUGGGUAGUGGAGCCCAAGGAGCUGUCUUCUUGGGCAAGUUCCGAGCGGAAGAGGUGGCCAUCAAGAAAGUGAGAGAACAGAAUGAGACGGAUAUCAAGCAUUUGAGGAAGUUGAAGCACCCUAACAUCAUCGCAUUCAAGGGUGUGUGUACUCAGGCCCCAUGUUACUGUAUCAUCAUGGAAUACUGUGCCCACGGACAACUCUAUGAGGUCUUGCGAGCCGGCAGGAAGAUCACGCCUCGAUUGCUGGUAGACUGGUCCACAGGAAUUGCAAGUGGAAUGAAUUAUUUGCACCUCCAUAAAAUUAUUCAUCGUGAUCUCAAAUCACCUAAUGUUUUAGUGACCCACACAGACGCAGUAAAAAUUUCAGAUUUUGGUACGUCUAAGGAACUCAGUGAUAAAAGUACCAAGAUGUCAUUUGCUGGCACGGUGGCCUGGAUGGCGCCAGAGGUGAUACGAAAUGAACCUGUCUCUGAAAAGGUGGAUAUAUGGUCUUUCGGAGUGGUGCUUUGGGAGCUGCUGACAGGAGAGAUCCCUUACAAAGAUGUAGAUUCUUCAGCAAUUAUCUGGGGCGUUGGAAGCAAUAGCCUACACCUCCCAGUUCCUUCCACUUGCCCUGAUGGAUUCAAAAUCCUUAUGAAACAGACAUGGCAGAGUAAACCUCGAAACCGACCUUCUUUUCGGCAGACGCUCAUGCAUUUAGAUAUUGCCUCUGCAGAUGUACUUGCCACCCCACAAGAAACUUACUUCAAGUCUCAGGCUGAAUGGAGAGAAGAAGUGAAAAAACACUUUGAGAAGAUCAAAAGUGAAGGAACUUGUAUACACCGGUUAGAUGAAGAACUGAUUCGAAGGCGCAGAGAAGAGCUCAGGCAUGCGCUGGAUAUUCGUGAACACUAUGAGCGAAAGCUUGAGCGGGCGAAUAAUUUAUACAUGGAAUUGAGUGCCAUCAUGCUACAGCUGGAAAUGCGGGAGAAGGAGCUUAUUAAGCGUGAGCAAGCAGUGGAAAAGAAGUAUCCGGGGACCUACAAACGACACCCUGUUCGUCCAAUAAUCCACCCCAAUGCCAUGGAGAAGCUCAUGAAAAGGAAGGGAGUGCCUCACAAAUCUGGGAUGCAGACCAAACGACCAGACUUGUUGAGAUCAGAAGGGAUCCCCACUACAGAAGUGGCUCCCAUGGCAUCCCCUUUGUCCGGAAGCCCCAAAACGUCCACCUCUAGCAGCAAGAGCCGAUAUCGAAGCAAACCACGCCACCGCCGAGGGAAUAGCAGAGGCAGCCAUAGUGACUUUGCCUCAAUCUUGAAAAGCCAGCCAGCCCAGGAAAAUUCACCCCAUCCCUCUUACCUACACCAAGCUCAAUCCCAGUACCCUUCUCUCCAUCACCAUGAUCCUCUGCAGCAGCAAUACCAGCAGCCCCCUCCUGCCAUGUCCCAGAGUCACCAUCCCAGACUCAACAUUCAUGGACAGGACAUUGCAGCCUGCGCCAACAACCUGAGGUAUUUUGGCCCAGCAGCAGCCCUGCGGAGCCCACUCAGCAACCAUGCCCAGAGACAGCUUCCUGGCUCGAGCCCUGACCUCAUCUCCACAGCCAUGGCUGCAGAUGGCUGGAGAAGUUCUGAGCCUGACAAGGGCCAAACUGGUCCCUGGAGCUGUUGCCAGGCUGACCCUUAUGACCCCUGCCUUCAGUGCAGACCGGAACAGUAUGGAUCCUUAAACGUACCCUCUGCUGAGCCAGUGGGGAGGAGCCCUGACCUUUCCAAGUCACCAGCACACAAUCCUCUCUUGGAAAAUGCCCAGAGUUCUGAGAAAAUGGAAGAAAAAGAAUUCAGCAGCUGUAGGUCUGAGUCAUCCCUCGGCACCACUCAGCUCAUCACCCCUCCAGUGCUACCUCGAAAAACAAGGCCUCUGCCAAAGAGUGGAGAUGACUCCUCAGAAGAGGAAGAAGGGGAAGUAGAUAGUGAAGUUGAAUUUCCACGAAGACAGAGGCCCCAUCGCUGUAUCAGCAGCUGCCAGUCAUGUUCAACCUUUAGCUCUGAGAAUUUCUCUGUGUCUGAUGGAGAGGAGGGAAAUACCAGUGACCACUCAAACAGUCCUGAUGAGUUAGCUGAUAAACUUGAAGACCGCUUGGCGGAGAAGCUAGACGACCUGCUGUCCCAGACGCCGGAGAUUCCCAUUGACAUAUCCUCACACUCAGAUGGGCUCUCUGACAAGGAGUGUGCUGUGCGCCGUGUGAAGACUCAGAUGUCUCUGGGCAAGCUGUGUGUGGAAGAACGUGGCUAUGAGAAUCCUUUGCAGUUUGAAGAACUGGACUGUGACUCUUCAGAUGGGGAGUGUUCUGAUGCCACAGUUAGGACCGAUAAACACUACAGCUCUGCUACCUGGUGAUGAAGGAACGCGCAUCCUGAAGACCUCGUGACUAUACUGGCAUCUCAGAUCCACCCCACCCUCAGACUUGUCCCACUCUCUCCCAGCAUUUGGUCUGGAAAGAGAGACUGCCUCACCUUUACCACCCCUAGAAAUGAGCUGCAAUAACAGGAACAAGAGACUUGGCAAAUCUCUGGAAAAUAAUAUCCAAACGAAAUUGAGUCUCACUGAACAUUUCAAUCAAGAAUGGCAGGGAUCUAUUUUAUUGAAUAUUCUAGCUACUGUAACAUUGAUAUUUAUUUUUGUUUGACAUUUUAACACUUUGUACUGUAAAGAGUGAACUAUAUAUGAGAUAGAGAGAGAGAGACAAUAAUUUCUUGCAGAAAAAAAAAGAAAUGAAAGAAAAAGAAAAGAACAGGAAAAAAAGAAGUAAGUGGAAUUUAGGAGCAACAUCCUUGGGAAUUUGUGGGGCCGGGAGGUAUUACUGCUGCUUGAACAGGGGACCAGGUCUUUUGGCCACAAAUGACUAAAGAAGAGCCAGAGCAAGACAUUGAACAUUUUAGAACACAAAGAACAGCGAAAGAAACUUGGGAACAGACCAUGUUCACUGCAACCAGCUUGUCCAGGUGGGUUAUGGACAUGACCUAGAAAAGUAUGGUGACCAGAUACUCGCACCCAAGGUCUUCAAGGGCGUGUGCUUCUCCUGGAGGGGAAAAACAAACAAACCUGUAUCUGUGGAAGCUGGUUUCAUUUUUAGAUGUUUAAGCAGCAGUUGGUCGUGAGGUUUACAGAUAGUGUCAAAUCUUGUUUUUGGCAAAUACGUCCCUAUUUAGUGCUGUCACUGUCAUUGCCUUCACAAAUGUGCUACCUUGACCCAGUGUGUUGAUCCUUCAUCCUCAAGUGCCGUUGCCUUGUAGCUUACUUCCUUGCUGCCUGCUGACCACUUCCUGCGAAACAAAGGUUGGGGGCAGUAGUGAGGGGGAGAAAAGGAUAAGAGAGGAAGAACAUCUACAACAGUGUUAGGAGAGCGAACGUGGAAUCUGUAAAACCCCAUUCUCAGGAUGACUCAGUUCAGCUACAUGGAGAAGAUGGAAUCGCCCCUCUCUGGAACCAGGUUGCUUGUCCACUUGAGUCCUAUUGAUUCAAGCAGGAGAACAGACUUUGAAGGUAGCUGGGAUGUAUGCGUGUCUAUCCAAUGUCCAAGCCCAAACCACCCCUUUGUUUUUAUUCACUAACUCAUUCUAUCUUAGAAGUUUUUGUUGUUGCUGCUGCUGCUGUUGUUUUGAGACAGAGUUUCACUCUUUUUGCCCAGGCUAGAGUGCAAUGGCACGAUCUCAGCUCACUGCAACCUCCACCUCCCGGGUUCAAGCAAUUCUCCUGCCUAGCCUCCCAAGUUGCUGGGAUUACAGGCAUCUGCCACCAUGCCUGGCUAAUUUUUCUAUUUUUAGUAGAGAUGGAAUUUCACCAUGUUGGCCAGGCUUGUCUCAAACUCCUGACCUCAGGUGAUCCACCUGCCUUGGCCUCCCAAGGUGCUGGGAUUACGGCACCAGCCACAGCACCUGGCCUAUCAUCUUAGAAGUCUUCAUGACCACAGUGCUGGCCUGGCUUAGAAGUCUUAAUGACUGGCUACACUGUCAGAAUAAAGGCAAAAACAAGCAACUUGCAAAAGGCAACUCCUCUCCCAGCACAACAGCAUUUUUGUUCAAUAAAUAACUGGAUUUGAACAUCUGUGGAAAGAACAAGAGAUGCUGAGCAGGGAUAGGAAGGAUUUUUACGUCACCAAAAGCCUGUCUCCGGGGUAGUGGGCUCUGAAAAGCAUUCCAAGGUGCUUCAUGGUGCCUUGGCCUUCGGGAAAAUUUUAUUUAGAAUUUUAUGUACAAAUAGAUGUUGACCUAGUACCUGCCCCUGUCUCCAAGAUAGAUUACUGUCAAAUGACCUCUCUAGAUUCGCUAGACUCUUUGACAUUGCAUCAUGUUGACCCUUAGGAAAUACUUGCACAGACGGCUGUUAAACCAUUUCCAAUGCAAUGAAAAUGUUGCCCCUCCUCGGGUUUCACUGACUGCAUCAGCCAAAAAGAAAAGGCAGGAGGGAAUUUAGAGUUCCUUUCGCUUGUUUGAGCCCUCCAUUUGUUUACACUUUAUAUUGAUACAUUGAUUUAAAAUGUAGUGUCUAUGAUUUAUAGCUCUUAGGUAGGAUGAAGGAAAAUGUUUAAUUUAUACAGAGGACAGUAUUGUUUGCAUUAAAUUAUUCCAUUUUGUAAAAAUGCUGUAGCUGGACUACACGAACGACCUUAAGUUAUGGCAUCAUUAUCACGGUUAUUUUAUUUUAUAAUCUCAUUCUCAUUUUCUGUCGAUCAGAAGGUGUGAUUUAUGAUGUAGCACAAUGAUUGUGUUUAUUGCUAACCAGGAAUGAUUAUGGAUUUUAUUAUUUUAAUGAAGGAAUGAAAAUGGAACUGCCAUUUGGGAGCUCCCUGGGCUUGACCUUAGCUGUGUUCCCUAAUUUUCUGUGUACAACAAUCAUCUGAGGAUGCAUGUUCUGCCCUGAAGCCCAAUGGAUACAUUAUGAUGUUGACUUGAUUGUGAACGCUCUUGCGUGGGCCGAUGGCCCCCAGGAUGUCAAAUAGUGGAUGGACAUAUAGUUCAAAAGCUGUAAACUUGCUCAAGUUUCUUAGGAAAUAAAAUCAUGGGACUGUAUUAGAAAUUAAAAGAGAAUUAUUUAAUGUCCUGAGAGGAACAGAUGUAGAGGGCUGAUGGAUUCAUUUCAAGAACUGACAACAUAGUUUGCAGUCUCCUUCCUGCCAGAGCCCUUUAUCCUCCUAGUUGGGAGUAGCAGGGAGACUAAAAAAUGAAAUGGUAUACAGUAGUCCCCUUAUCCACAGCUUCGCCUUUCAUGGUUUCAGUUAUGCUCAACUGCAGUCCAAAAAUAUUGGAUGGAAAAUUCCAGAAAUGAUUCCUAAGUUUUAAAUUGCACGCCAGUCUGAGGAGCAUGAUAUCUUGCCCCUUCCUACCCUGGAUGUGAUCCUCCCUCUGUCCAGCACAUUCAUGCUGCUCAUCCAUUAGUCACUGGGCAGCAGUCUCGGUUUUCAGAUCAACUGUCUCGGUAUCACCGUGCUUAUGUUCAAGUACCCUUAUUUAAUUACUAAUAGCCCCAAAGGGGAAGAGUGAUGUGCCUAAUUUACAAAUUAAAUUUUAUCACAGAUAUGUAAGUAUCGAAAAAACAGUAGUAUAUAUAGGGUUUGGUACUAUCAGAGAUUUUAGGCAUCCACUGGGGGUCUUGGAACAUAUCCCCCACAAAUAAGGGAGGACUACUGUAUAUACCUGUAGGAUAUGACAUAAAAUGCCUAGCUGUGAUGUCAUCCUAGAACAAGACUAAAGAACUUUAAGAAGGAGGCUUGGUCACAUAGAGGACCAAGGGCUGGAAAAAUAUCUUGAAAGGCCAUAUUUUCAAUCCUCUGACUUCAGAUCACACCGUACUGUAAAUCUCUUUCAUUAUUCCUUGGAACAGAGAUGCUACAACUCCAUGUCUUCUUUCUGUCCAACAUAAGACACUGACACUUUUAUGCAAUUCCUGCCCACCUUUGGUGGCAACAGAGAAACAUGAGGGUCAGCUUCUAUCUUACAUGGUUCGGUGAUGGUCUUCCUAGAAAACCUACACCAAUACCUCAUAAUUUUGAUCAGUUUUUUUGAAUUCUCAUCUUGAUGAUCUGUUAUGCUAUUGUCAUCCAUCUUAUCUGGAUUAACUGUUAUGAGUAUGUUAGGGCAGUAGGGAGCAGCUGAGUAUCAGUCAUUCAUUGUGUAAUCAAGAGUUGAAUAAAGUCCACACUGAACACAUUUUGAUGAGUAGAAUUGACUAGAGGUUUCAGAGAAGAAUGAUAUUCCUAGUGGAGGUUAAAAAGGGAAAUACCUUUUCCGUCCCAGACUAGUCCUUUGCUGCCUGCCUUGCGAUAACCGGAAACAUCUUGAGUUGAUGUAUGUUUCUUAGAGAAUGACUCCACAGUCAUCUGAAGAGUGUUGAAUCAAGAGCGCAGGGAAGUUAUGAGCUGUUCUUCAGUCCUGACAAGUGUGUUAACAACCGUGCUUCCAGGAACCUCAUAAGCCUAUGGUUUCAAGCUGCUUCAUUGAUGCAAAGUUUAAGCAUCUUGGGAUGAAUGUCCAUGUACAGUUAACAUCUGUUUUUGACUGACUGCAAGAUGAUGACUUAAUUGAGGUUGCAGAUGAGCAUUUGGUUUUGAUUUCCAUCUAUUUCUAGAUCAUAUCCUCUGGGUAACAAUUCCUCUUAAAAUUGCUUUGCAGAGGGACGGAGAAGCCUGCAUCUACUUUGAAAUUAUAAUGGACCUUACUGCCACUUAAGUUUAGACUUGUUUGCAAGAUGGUGGGGAGCGCCUGCUUAGAAAGAUGAAAAUGCUAGCUGUAUUCUAAGCUAGCAUCUUCAUCUAGCUAUUUGAAGUUAAGAUACUGUAUUUUAAAAUGUGGGUGUCAACAAAUCAACCCUUUUAGAAUGAAAGAGAUUUUGAGUAGGAUUUAGUAAGUACUGGACAUCUACUGUAGAGCUUUGUCAUGCUAAAUUAUUCCCCUCUCCUUAAGUAAUAGAUGCGCUGGUUUGGGGUUUUCCUGGCGCCAACCCAGACUUUUUUUUUUGAGACAAGAUCUCACUCUGUCACCAAGUUGGAAUGCCCACCUCAGCCUCCUGAGUAGGUGGGAGCACAGAUGUUUGCCACCACGCCCAGUUUUUUUUUUUUUUUUUUUGGAGAGAUGGGGGUUUCCCUAUGUUGCCCAGGCUGGUCUCAAACUCUGGGUUCUAGCAAUCCUCCUGCUUUGGCCUCCCAACUUGCUGGGAUCACAAGUGUGAGCCACCACACCCAGCCUCCAGACCAUUUUAAAUGCCCUCCACCACUGUGUCAUAUUGGCAUCCUUUAAGAAUAAAUCAUCCUUUUGAUCAGAUGAUUUACUCUUUUUUUCUUCAAUGUCCUUAUAUCUAAAUGUUUUUUUUCCCUUUUCUUAAAACAGUCCCACUUGAACUUCCUGGAACUGAAUUCUCCAGAACAUAAUAUUUAUGAUCCAUAGAAUGCCUGCCCUACUUUGCAGUAGUGUGUGCUGUUUUGUUUUCCCACUGAGCCAGAAACCAAAACAUUACACUACCACUUACCAUCAUCUACCACCUCCAAGACCAACAUUAUGUAUUGAGUACCGUAUGUUUCCCACUGAGCCUAGACACAGCCUCAGAACCUCUCCACGUAUCACUUGGAGCAACAAUUGCCACUUGACUGGAAUUGCCGUCUGAGCUUGAGUUAGUCCCAAUGGGAGAACGACAGGCUCACACCAGUGUUCUCUUAUGGAAUCACCUGUGGCUGUCAGGGGCAGUACCAGUGAAAGGGGAAAGGCACUUGCCUCUACCCACUGCCCUUUUGGAUGACACGUCUAAUUGAAGGAACAGCAACCACUGAUGGAUCCAAUUCCAAAAUGUCUCUUCAUUCACAUCAUUCAAUUCUGUUGAAUGAAUAUGUUCCUUCCUCACCUUUUAUAAACAGGAAGUUCAUAUAAGCCCCAGUUACUUGCUUCUUUAACUCUGUGAGACUAAUGUACCAAAACAAUGUGACACUCUUUUCGAGACUUUGACUUAUACUGUCACUAUGAAUUUAGUGCCUUUCCAGGCAGCAAAAUGUUUCUUCUUUGCUGAGUUCACAGGACAAACAGCCCAAGAUACUCGCACCCCCAGUGUUAGCAACCUCACAGACUGGUACAUUAGAAUCAUAUUAAUCUGCUUGUUUGCAUGUUACAACUGAUACGGCAAAUACCUAUUCAAGCUGGACUGAACUAGGCUAAGUGGAGGACCUUUGUGGAACCUGGCGCAUUUCUCAGGGGCAGGUGGCUAAAGAGGGGAGCUCUGACUUCACUGCUUUGAGAAACAGAAGGUGGGUUAAGGCUUGUGUUAACUGUCACAUGGCCAGGGUAUGAUGGCAGGAUUUCACAGAGCCAAGCCCUAAGCAGAUGGCAAGGCCACUGUAAGGAAGCUCCAGGCAGCAUCCCAGCUCUGCUCUCCAGAGCCACUUCACGGCACUCAGGGGAUCGCUGGCUCACGGCCACAGGCUGCUGUCCAGUGACCAGGUAGACAGGGUCCUCCAGUGACUGCAGGCCAGCACGUGCAAGCUGUUGGGAAGAUGUCCUAUCUUGGCCGUAUCACCCCAGUGGCUCUUCACUCCAGAGUGACCACUUCCCAGACUCUGGAAGUGGGAAGACCCUCUUUGAUGCUUUAUGACAAUAAUUUGAGCUCCUACUGAUUUGGAGCAAAUGAGUUUCUCUUUUGUGAUUAAGUCUCCAAAUGAACUCCCCUACCUGUCUCCGCUCCAGUUUCCUGUACUGUCAGCCCCCAGCUCCCAGUGUCUCUGAUGCCGGCUCCCUCUCUAUGUUGAACAGCAAUGGGAACAAGAACGACUGUCAAAGCAAUCAAAUGCAUGGAAUUAAAAAAUAUACUUCACUG